GAAGCCUUCGGGUACCCGGGCUGGGCGGGAGGCCGCGGCGGCGCUUGGCAGCUGGACCGAUCGAGGGCCGCGAGGAGGAGGAAGACGCCGGCCGCUGCCUGACCGUGGUCAUCGGCCGAGACAGAAGGAUCCGCGCUUGUUUGUUCUGAAGCAGAGCAAAGAAUAAAAUGGCACUGAUGUUGCUGAGCCGACACCUGGCUUGCUUGCUGCAGCAAAACGCCAGGAUCCUUGCAGAUGGACACCGAGGAAUCAGCCAAGCCGCGGCUAAAAUCGACAUGGAAUUCGACUACGACGGGCCGCUCAUGAAGACAGAAGUCCCCGGGCCCAAGUCCAGGGAAUUAAUGAAACAGUUGAAUGGAAUCCAGAAUGCAGAAGCGGUCCACUUUUUCUGCAACUACGAGGAGAGCCGAGGGAACUACCUUGUCGACGCGGACGGGAACCGCAUGUUGGAUCUCUACUCACAGAUUUCUUCCAUACCGAUAGGGUACAGCCAUCCGUCUCUAAUCAAACUUCUCCAGCAGCCCCAGAAUCUG